AUAGAUUAUUAACCAAAAAAGAUGGAGUAUGUGAACUCCAUUUUGCUCCUGAAGAUAUUAUUUCAUAUAAGAUAUUUGAGGAUGCAGCAGGAAAUGAAAUAAAACAUCAGCUCAAGAGAAACAUGAUUGAUACAUGGAAUUUAAAAAUUCCACGAGCAGAUAGAUUAUUAACCAAAAAAGAUGGAGUAUGUGAACUCCAUUUUGCUCCUGAAGAUAUUAUUUCAUAUAAGAUAUUUGAGGAUGCAGCAGGAAAUGAAAUAAAACAUCAGCUCAAGAGAGUUAGUUUAAAUGCUAACGCUAUACCAUAUUUAUUACACGAAUCUUCUGAUGUUCAAUUGGCAUCCAGUUCUGGUACAACGUUGAUUCCUACACCACAAGUUGAAGUUUUAGCUUCUACUUCAGUACAAAAACCAACAUCAUGUAUAGAUAAAAUCACACAGCCAAAAACACCCGUCUGGUUUCAACAAUUUGAAGGUAUAAAAAAUAAACAACUUGAGGCAAUUAAUAAAAAUGCAACACAACUUAAUGAUCGAUUUGACAAAUUAGAAAAAAGAGAAGAAGCCAUGUUGCUGAUACAGGAACAACUUGUAAGCAAGUUGGGUGAAGCUAACAAAAUAGAGUUACAAAAGCUGGAACUUUUUAAACAAAUGUUUAAUUUAGGUUAAUGUUG